AGCCACGUCUGAAUCCUGUCCUGAGAUCUAAAGAUUGACUCAGCUGCAGAGAGAGAAAGAGGCUACCCUGCCCUACUCCAAGCAGACAAGGACAAAGGAAAUACACAAUCUGAGCAACAGACAGGACAAUUCGAAAGUGCAGCAGAACAUCCAGACAGCUGACCGCCGGACAGACAGACAGACAGACCAGCUGACCGUCACGCCCUUCCCAGGCUCCGCUAUGAGUUUACUGAUGCUCCCGCUGUUGGUGUUGCUGGUCAGAGCCCAGCAAGGAGAGCCCCUGGGAGCUGGACCACCAAUCAGUCACCCCAAACCUGCAGGAGAGCUGCUAAAACUCCUUAUGCGGGACAUGUUGAGCGAAAAAAAGGUCUCGUCUUCCUGGGGGACUCCCCUGUCCCCUGGGAGAGCUCCCAUGUCAUUGGCCAGCCUGCUGUUCAGGGAGGAGCUACCCCUGAAAGAACGUCCCACUCCGGUGAGGCCCCUCCCCCCAGCAGAGAAGCGGCAGAAGGACCUGUCCUCCUACAACUGGAACUCAUUCGGUCUCCGUUACGGAAAGCGUCAAGCCGGGCUGCUAGCACAGAGAGCAGCAGAGGCCAACAGAAACCCAAACUGACUUGUCCCUUAGCUGUGGCUGCUACUGCUACUGUGUUCAGACUGCAACACUGACUCUCAGCUCUUACCCCCUGUUUUAAAACCAAAUGUACACUCCUUAAAGCCUUAGUUCCACAUAGUUUUAAAGAAAAUGGCACUCUUGCAUUUUGUACAUAACCUUGUUUUAUAAAACUACAGUCUGAUUGAUUCUAAAGACCACCCCCAUGACUGUACAACAUAAAGUCAGACCCCUUAAAUACAACUUUUUAAAGAGUUGGCUGCCAGUUUGUGCGCUCACAGUGGUCACUGUGGUCUAUAAUACAGGUUUGCCUGUAUUAAUUUAAAGUUGCUUUCAAAUUCUACUAAAAAAUGUGGCACUUCAUCAGAAGUUAUAUCAGUUUUGCUGAGGAUGUUAUGCUCUUAAAUGCAUAGCAAUUUUGAAGUCAAUUAAAUGUUUUGUUUUCUAGUUUUAAAAAAAGGGUUUAUAGGUGAUCUCUCAUUCCAGUGCCUAAGUAUACAUAUCAGACAUUCGGCUCUUCAGCACUGCCUCUUCGCAUCUUAAAUAAUAAGUACUGCUUUCUAUCACUGUCAGCGUGCAUUCUCAGCUUUCUAGAAUGCAUUUUUUAAAAACACAUUUUUAUCCCAGUCCAACAUUGAUAACAAUGAUUUUCAACUGUAAUUGCUGAAUUAAAAAAUAAAACUGAAUGAAAACUGUUUUCAGCUAGUUGUUGUUCUGUUUGGUGUUUUGUUUGUUCAGUUAAUUUGUUUUAUUUAAUAAAUAUGCGCUUAGCGCUUCAA